AUGGCCUGCGAGAGGUACAUCACGAGCAGAGACCACAUCUACCAGCGGAAGGCUGAAAAGGAAGCAGCGGCCUUGAGCGCCAUGGUUCCUGGAAACUUUGGCGAUUUCCCCACCAGUGCGGCCGAUCAGUGUGCUCUCGUGGACCAAAUGAUGACGGCAAUGAAAGAUACGACCGACAUCCUAGACAAUCCGAAAAAUGAUGCGCACAUCAAUUGCAUACGCGCCAAAGCCGACGACGAGGUCGAAGAGAAGGCAUGGGAGAUCAUGUUUGAUGCGUACGACGCUCAGAGAGGCAAGCGUGUCCCCAAACUCCUCACAGCCUACUUUCCAAACUUCGUGGAUCGCUGGGAGGCCUUGAUGGCACUGAUGCGCACCAGACUUUCCAACAACUAUACGAACAAAAUGCGGGACUUCAACAAGGAUGUCAAGGCUGCGAGCAAGUUCCGGGGCUCCGUGACCAAUGUUGACCGAAUCACUUCGAUUUACGACGCGGCAGGAAAUCUCGUCAGUACCUUCGUCCGUCCCAUGAAACGCCCCCUGAGCGACUUUUUAGGUCACCGCUUGGCUGGAAUCGCGAAGCCGAAGCGGGUCAGGACGAGGACAACCAUAGGAGAUUCCAUAACACCGACCUCUAGCAACAGCAGUAACUCGGAGCAGCACGUCGGGGGCAGAACUGCCGGCACUAUGACCCCUAUUCAAGAGGAAGAUGAGGAUCCUAUGGCUUCCAUCCACGAAGAAGAGGGUGUUGUGGCUUCAACUCAAGGAAAAGAGGAGGGCGCUAUGGGCGAAGCCGACAAGGACGACGGAGACAAAGCGCAUGAAGGUCCGAACGAACCCUGCACCCCCCAUCUCAACGCCGUUCAUUCCCAUUUCGACAGUUGGUACCCCACGCCCGUCCAGCAUCUUGCACUCAGCGAAUAA